AUGGGUAAGUCGAAGGAUAAGAAAGCUGAGCUCCAAGACCUCAAACAAGAGGUCAAGAUGGUGGGUCCUGUCCUAACAAAAGUGGGAAUCGAUGAUAUUUUCAGGACGAACACACCAUCCCGAUGGACGACCUCGUCCGACGUCUCGGCACCAACCUCGAGACGGUGUGUGAGACGAAAAAUAAACUAAAAAGGAACCUAUGAAUCAAAAAUGUAUAGUUUUCCGCUUGUCAAGGGAACUUUAUAGUUUCCGGCGGCAAAUUGGGGGUGAACUGACGUGAUGUUUUUCGACGUGAUCGCGAUCAUUUUCGACCAUCUCUCUACCUGUUUCCUAUUAAUCGGAGUGUCGCGGAACAAAAAAAAGUGAAAGAAAAAAUUCAGACGCCUUUGGCUGCUCAUAAAAAAAUGUUCCCACACUUUUUUUUUGUUUUCUAAGCGAGGACGAAAAUAUUCCCACAGAAUGCAAUUUUGAAUACGAUCGUACAUAUCGUCAUUGAAUGCACGUUUUUUAAAUACGAUGUUUGAUUUCACGAGAAAAGAAUCGAUGAUUCAUAUCCGGAGAAAACAAAUUUUUCAUUAAAGUUAUGCAUUUUUCUUAAUAAACAGCUUUGUGAACAAUGGAAAAACUUUUUUCAGAAAAGUGAGAAAUUAAAAAAAUAACAUUAAUAAAGCGGACUUGAACUCACAGUUUUUAUGAUUCACACAAAUGAUAUCAAAUAUCUUUUUUCAAGGUUUCUAUCAGUUUUUAAAAUUGCAUUCUAUCAUUGUGUGACCAGUUUUUGAUGAAUCUCUUUAUGAGACAAAAAAGCUCUUUCAAAAAAAAAAAUCAUUUUCUGGUCAACAAAAGAUGAGAGUUUCCCCCUUUUUUUCUCAUUUGAACAUAACUAAGUGGUAUCGAAUUUUGUUCCAACGCAACGCGCGGAGAGUUUCUUUGUUUUCACAGUGGCGCGUCUUUGUUUGAGAAUGGAAAUUUGUGGGUGUGUGCUCAAGUCUAAACGGAGCAUCUUUGUGUGCUAGGCAAACUCUAACUUUUGAAUCGUAGACAAUUGUUGCGACUUUGCUCCGGAGAGUUGAGAAGCUCCGGAUCCGCGUUGAAAAUGACUUUUGAAUAUUUAAAAGGGGAAACGCAAUUUUUUAGAGUUACAGCUUAUGUCUCCAUUCCAAAAUCAAACCGCGAUUAAGCCAGUCAAUCAAAAUUGAAAUUUUCUUUCUUCCACAAACAAGUUUGUGUAAGCAAGAUUGGUUUCAAAGUCUACAAUUUUGAAAUUCAUAUUACUAUCAAAAAAAUAAUGGUCCAUGAUUUCCUUUUGUCCAUAAUUAGAACAAGGUAACGGGAAUGAAUUCAAUCGACUUUUGCAGGGUCUUACCCGCGGAAAGGCCGCCGAAGUCCUUCAGCGCGACGGCCCCAACGCCUUGUCGCCCCCUCAGACGACGCCGGAAUGGAUCAAGUUCUGCAAAAACCUUUUCGGAGGCUUCGCCAUGCUCCUUUGGGUUGCCGACGAGCCAAAUAUCGAAAGUAAUGUUGAGAUUUCCAGGUCGGAGCAAUCCUCUGUUACAUCGCCUACUCUGUAGAUUACUUCACUAUGGAAUACCCGUCAAAGGACAAUGUACGUGAGAAUUUGUUCCGAAAUGCUUUCUCCAGUGUUUAACAGAGCCAAAAAACGAAAAUUCACGCAAAAAUGAGCUUAAUUUCGAUCGGAAAUGUUUAGAGCUUUCCAGAAAUUUGUUUCGAUUUCGUUUUGGGUUAUGGAAAAUAAUGAAAUACGAUUUAGCUGUACCUCGGUAUCGUGCUCAUGACCGUCGUCAUCAUCACCGGCUGCUUCCAAUAUUAUCAGGAGAGCAAGUCGAGCAAGAUCAUGGACUCCUUCAAGAACAUGGUUCCCACGGUGAGAACUCACAAAUUUUGCCCAAAAAGUUCCGUAUUCGUAUCGAACAAAAAGAGUUGAGAAAUUCUUUCUGUAUUUAAUGUGAAUCUCGAUUUCUUUCUAGCUAAUAAUCUAGAAACAUUCGAUUUAUCACUAAUUGCUUCCAAAGAAGUAGAAAUAUUCCUUAUUUCCAAAGAAACUGCAAAAAAAAAAAAAUGAAAACCAGAGAUCGGAAUCAUAAGUUGAAAUUUUAGAAACCAACUUUUUACUAUUGAUUUUCCUCAUUUAAGACUUUAUUCAGCUGAAUUUUUGAGAUCGUUGACAACUUUCCUAAAAAAACCUCAAAGAAAGGAAAAUUAAAUGAUUUUUGGAAAACUUGAAGUUUCGAAGAAAAGAGUGAACCAAAAAAAUUCUCUUUCUCAAAUAUCCGUACAUAUUCUUCGACAUUUCAGUUCGCCUUGGUCCACCGUGACGGUCAGAAGCAGCAAAUCCGCACCGAGGAGCUUGUUGUUGGUGACAUCGUUGAGGUAUUCAUCGAAAAAUGUGUUUUCGGCAUGGGAAUCAUGAAUUUUUCAGGUGAAAGGCGGUGACCGUGUCCCGGCUGAUAUCCGUGUUAUCUCUGCUUUCGGAUUCAAGGUGAAUUUUUCGGGGAAGAAAAUUUUGGGGGAACGGAAGUAGUUCUGUUAUAAUGUUCUUCAUAAACACUUAUAGAAUAGAAAAAAAUUCAUUGAUAGGUCAAUUUCUUAAUUUUUUUCAAAGCCUAACUUUAUGAAAAGGAUAUGGAAAAAAAGAGAAAAAAAAUUGAAAGUUUUUUUGAAACUGCAAAGAUUUAAUUGGAAGAAGAAAAUUUUCACAAAAAGUUUUUUUGUCCAGAUUUCAUAAAGUUGGUUGAGAACCCAAUUACCCGAUUUCUUGGAACGUAGAUUCAAAAAUUUUGAAUAAUUUAAGUUCGAAUCUUUUAAACGCUGUAAGGAUAUGAGAACAAAACAAAAAUUAAAGAUUUGAACGCUGAGCAAUUGGUAGAAGAAAUGACUUGCAGGUGGACAACUCCUCGCUGACCGGAGAGUCGGAACCGCAGUCCCGAUCGCCGGAUUGCACCAACGAGAAUCCCCUCGAGACCCGCAACAUCGCCUUCUUCUCGACGAACGCCGUCGAAGGAACCGCCAAGGGAAUCGUCAUCUACACCGGAGACAACACCGUCAUGGGAAGAAUCGCCCAUUUGGCCUCCGGCCUCGACACCGGCAUGACCCCGAUCGCCCGCGAAAUCGAGCACUUCAUCCAUCUCAUCACUGGGGUUCGUUCCCGAAAGGCCUUUCUGGAGUGAAAUGGAUGCCUUCAGGUGGCCGUCUUCCUCGGGGUCUCCUUCUUCAUCAUCGCCUUCAUCCUCGGCUACCAUUGGCUCACCGCCGUCGUCUUCCUUAUCGGUGAAUAUUCAAAGCCUAUUGAAGAGCGGGAAGCCCAAAUGGCUCAAUCUAGAAAAAAAAAACAACAGAAGUUUUUGCGACAUUAAAGUUUACAUAAUAGUUUGGCUUCGGAGAGCAUAUUUGAAAAAUUUCUGGUGCUGGAGAAAAAGUGAAAGUCCGUUGGAUAAAUGUGGUAGUUAUUUGCACUAUUUUUUCAGUUCAAGAAGCUUUACUGCAUAUUUUUGAAUGUCUAAAGUAAUUUAUUCAUGACUUGACUCCAUAGCCUUUGUUUUCUGUGUCACUGAAUGUAACCUGGUGUUGAUUGCAGGUAUCAUCGUCGCCAACGUUCCUGAAGGUCUCAUCGCUACGGUUACCGUAUGCCUCACCCUGACCGCCAAGAGAAUGGCCAGCAAGAACUGCCUGGUGAAGAACUUGGAAGCCGUCGAGACCCUCGGAUCGACCUCCACCAUCUGCUCCGACAAGACCGGAACCCUCACCCAGAACCGGAUGACCGUCGCUCACAUGUGGUACGACAAGGUGAUCCACGACUGCGACACGACCGAGACCCAAGUCUCGCAAACCAAAAGAACUGGACCCUCCUUCGAAGCCCUCGUCCGCGUCGCCUGCCUCUGCAACCGCGCCGAAUUCAAGCCCGGCCAGCAGGACAAGCCCGUUCUGAAGCGCGACUGCACCGGUGACGCCUCCGAGAUCGCCCUCCUCAAGUUCACCGAGCUCACUCUUGGCAACGUCGUUCAGGCCCGCGAGCAGAACACCAAGGUCGCCGAGAUCCCCUUCAACUCCACUAACAAGUACCAGGUAGAGUAGAAUGACCGAGUGUUGGAAAAAUUGAGAACGUCAGAAAAUACAUGAGGGAUUGAGGCCCUUAAGAACAUUACACAAUUUUUCGAGAAUUUUCAAAGUUUUCAAUUUUUAGAGACUGUCCAUUGAAAAAUAUUUUUCUUAUUUUUCGCUAAGUCGUUACCAGUAUAAGGUAGAUUACAUCUCGAAACAGAAAUAGAAGUUGAUUUAUAGAAGUUUAUUGAUAAAAAUAAAUGUUGAAUAAAAACAUUGAUAUUUUCAGGUUUCGGUGCACGAGAACGGAGACCAGUACCUCCUCGUGAUGAAGGGAGCUCCGGAAAGAAUCCUUGACGUGUGCUCGACCAUCUUCUUGAACGGCAAGGAGGAGGAACUCGACGACAAGCUCCGCGCCGAGUUCAACACGGCCUACCUCGAGCUCGGAGGAAUGGGAGAGCGUGUCCUCGGAUUCUGCGACUUCGUCCUCCCCGCCGACAAAUUCCCCAAAGGCUUCAAGUUCGACGUCGAAGAGGUCAACUUCCCGCUGAAGGGCCUCCGAUUCGUCGGUCUCAUGUCCAUGAUCGACCCUCCUCGUGCCGCCGUCCCUGACGCCGUCGCCAAGUGCCGUUCUGCCGGUAUCAAGGUCGUCAUGGUCACCGGAGAUCAUCCGAUCACCGCCAAGGCCAUCGCCAAGUCCGUCGGCAUCAUCAGCGAAGGCACGGAGACCGUCGAAGACAUCGCCAUCCGCCGAGGAAUCCCCGUCGAGAACGUCGACCCUCGCGAGGCCGACGCCGCUGUCAUCCACGGAUCCGACCUCCGUGAAAUGAGCGAGGACCAGCUCGCUGACAUCAUCCGCCAUCACAGAGAAAUCGUCUUCGCCCGUACCUCGCCUCAGCAGAAGCUCAUGAUCGUCGAAGGAUUCCAGAAGCAGGUUCAGCUUCUUUCUUUUUCUCCUUCUUGAAGCUAAAAAGAUAAAGCCUCAUUCUUAGUACUUCAGGGAAUAGGUCUAUAUAGAGUUUUUCAAAUUUCAGAUCUAGAGCUCUGAGAAGUUUUCAUAGCUCUAUGUUUUUCCAAUACAACUGUUUCCAGGGUCAAAUCGUGGCUGUGACCGGAGACGGAGUCAACGACUCGCCCGCCCUGAAGAAGGCUGACAUCGGUGUCGCCAUGGGAAUCGCCGGAUCCGACGUUUCCAAGCAGGCCGCCGACAUGAUCCUCCUCGACGACAACUUCGCCUCCAUCGUCGUCGGUGUCGAAGAAGGACGUCUCAUCUUCGAUAACCUCAAGUCCGUUUCGAACCCGACUCUUUUCACGGAAAGAAUGAGUUCAGGAAGUCGAUCGCCUACACACUCACCUCCAACAUUCCCGAGAUCUCGCCCUUCCUCAUGUACAUCUUGUUCGGUAUCCCGUUGCCCCUCGGAACCGUCACCAUCUUGUGUAUCGAUCUUGGAACUGACAUGGUGAGUAAGAGCGAGAUUCGUGAACCAGAUCGAAGCAAAGUUUUAGGUUCUGAAAAUAUAGUUUGAGUUUUUGAUGGGUAGCUAAAAAGUACUGGAACUUUCAAAAAAAUCUUUUUUAGUUUACCGUUUUGAAGAAAAAUCGUUUUUAGUGAUCGCUGUACAAGUUAGGAAAAAAAAAAUUAUUUUUCGAGGUCAUUAGGUCAUUUUCAUGUGAAUUUUUAAGUUAAGUAUAUUUUGAAAUUGAUGAAACACAAUUUUGGGCGCUUCUGAAGUAAUAUCCACAAAAAUAUUUAAGUUGGUUCAAAAUCGCAGAAAUCCAUUUAAUCCAUUUUGUGCACAAAAACGAGAAGCUUUUCAUUUAUUCUAAAAUGAAUCGCUUCAAACUAGAUUCAUAUCCAAAUCUAAAUUUGAAAAAAGUUCAUUUUUGUUCCAAAAAAGUUCUAAAGUCGAAACUCUGAACAUCCUGAUUGCAGGUCCCCGCCAUCUCGCUCGCCUACGAAGAAGCCGAAUCCGACAUCAUGAAGCGUCAGCCCCGUGACCCGAUCCGCGACAAACUCGUCAACGAACGUCUCAUUUCCCUGGCCUACGGUCAGAUCGGCAUGAUCCAGGCCUCCGCCGGCUUCUUCACCUACUUCUGGAUCAUGGCCGACAACGGCUUCAUGCCCUGGGACCUCUACCAGCUCCGUUCUCAGUGGGACUCUCGUGCCUACAACAACGUCCUCGACUCCUACGGCCAGGAAUGGGUCAGCUCUACCUUUUUUUCACAUUUCGAUUUUCUAAAAUCAGAUUGGAAACUCUUUGCUUGAUUCAAUAGCACUAAAGAGCCGCUUGACCCCCUAAGUGAUUGCUGAACUGGAAGAACACCUUGAAAAGCGUUACCAAUGUCCAGUUUAUUCGAAUUUUUUUUUCCAAAGAAAGCUUAUGUCGAUUUUGAUUGAUUUUCAAUGCAUAAUUACUUUCCGUUUGCAGACCUACGCCAACCGUAAGAUCCUCGAGUACACCUGCCAGACGGCAUACUUCGUCUCCAUCGUCGUCGUCCAAUGGGCCGAUCUGAUCAUCUCCAAGACUCGCCGUAACUCGCUCGUCCAGCAAGGAAUGUCCAACUGGACCCUCAACUUUGGUCUUGUCUUCGAGACGGCCUUGGCCUGGUUCAUGUGCUACUGCCCUGGACUCGACAACGGUCUUCGUAUGUAUGGUCUCAGGUAAGAGGGAGAACAUUUCGUUUUCUUUUUUUUUUGAGAAAAAAGAGAGACAACAGAUCUAACGAACAAAAAAAAUUUGACGAAAGCAGCUUAUUUUUAGGGAAAAAGUUUUUUAUUAUUUUUCAGUUUCAUUCAAUUUCUCGAAUCUUUUAACGAUAACUCCUGUUUUAGAUUCUCGUGGUGGUUCUGCGCGCUGCCGUUCUCGAUCCUCAUCUUCGUGUACGACGAGGUCCGCCGUUUCCUUAUCCGUCGCUAUCCCGGCGGUUGGGUCGAACGCGAAACUUACUAUUAG